AUGGUCAGUAAGGAACCCAGCAAAUGCGCACUCACGACCUCGGCGAGUGAAGUGGAGCCUGCCGCCUGCCUGGCCCUGGAGAUGAAAUAUGCCCUGGAUCCCAACCGGCAGAUUAAGAAGCGUAAUAAAGCCCUGCAGGUGCGGUUUAAGGAUAUCUGCGAGGCGCAGAACGAGCAGAGGGACACGCAGCUCUCCUCGGGACAGCUGGGCGACAAGCCGGCGUCCUACAGGGCCACCUACCGCAAAUACAUGACCGUGCCCGCUCGGAGGUCCAUCCCCAACGUCACCAAGAGCACAGGUGUGCAGACCUCGCCAGACCUUAAGAAGUGUUACCAGACUUUCCCUCUGGACCGCAAGAAAGGGAAUCUCAAAGGCAUCCCGGCCGCCGAUGCCUUUAAAAGUCAAAACAAUGGGUUUGUAAUUGAUGCUAAAGAGAAGCGUGAGGAAGGGCCCGGGGCGGAGGCCCAGCAGUGGGGCGCGCAUCGGGCUCAGAAGGCGGCGGCGUUGGUUUUCCACUCCGAUGAGCACGUGAACGCGCUGGACCAGCCCGCCGGGGUCAACUGCGCAGAGCCAUGCAAAACCCCCGACCUGCACCGCUGCCGAGAUGCUCCUCUCCAGAUCUCCACGCGUCCUCCCUCCCAGGAGCCCGAUGACCAGCUGCACGGGAAAGCAGAGCGCGACCGGGCGAACCCAGACGCCGAGGAACCCGCCGCAUCGGCCCACGGGACGGUGUUUAAGACAGAGGUGGCCACCGUUUACGCACCUGCCCCCGGCGCUGGCGCCCCCGAGCUGGCCUUGUCGAACUCCGCCCCCUCGAGCGAGUGGUCCCUCUGCCCCGUGGCCGACCAGGAGCGGAGGAAGGCCUCACAGGCCAAUGGGCUCCAGGCCCCGCCCGACGCUGCCCUGGCCUGCUCGCUCCCGAUGCAGUGCCUGUCCCCCGAAUGUAGUGAAGCGUCCCUGCAGACUCAGGCCCCCCCGGGGCAGGAGCACCAGCCUUGUCCGACAGCGCUCGCUGUGGGUGAAGAAUGCCAACAAAUCGUGCCUCAUACGGAAGUGGUGGAUCUGAAAGCACAGCUUCAGAUGAUGGAGAACUUAAUCAGUUCAAGCCAAGAAACCAUCAAAGUGCUCUUGGGGGUCAUUCAGGAGCUGGAAAAAGGAGAGGCCCAUCGGGAAGGGCUUUCAUAUCGGACUGGGCAAGACACAGCUAAUUGUGACACAUGCAGGAACAGUGCAUGUAUUAUCUAUAGUGUGGAGCUAGAUUUUAAGCAGCAAGAAGACAAACUCCAGCCAGUUCUGAGGAAACUCCAUCCUUUCGAGGAAACUCAGGUCGCACACUCGCCUUACUCUCAGGAGACUUACUCAACUCCCAAGCAAAAACCCAAAACUGAAUCUAAAAAGCAUGGACGAUGGAAACUCUGGUUCCUUUAA